ACAACAAAUCACAGAAUUUAAGAGAAACAAGAAAAAAAUAUUGUGAAUUGAUGACAGAAAUAGAAAAAAAUCGGGAAGUCUCUUUGGAAAAUAUUAGAGAGUCGGAGUUAUCGAUUAUUUAUGUGAGAAAAAAAAUGUUUAAUAUCAUCAAUGAUUUCAAUACUACACAUAACGUGCAUUUCAGGCAAAGAAAAAAAUUGUAUAAAUAUAACAAAUUUAAAAUAUUUAGAUAUAAAAAACAGCAAAUAAAACCAUGUAAUAAUAAGAAGGCUUGCCUAAAUUACAAAGAAUCGCGUCAACACAGUAAGAUAAUGAACAGUAUGCCAGUAUUAAAUAACUUACAAAAUGAACAAAGCACAAGUUCUAGUGCAAAAAGUUGCAACGAUUUUUUAUCGUCACAUCCACGUGCUUUCAAUUCUAACUUCAUAGUUAAUACCAUGCUUAAAUCGCAAUAUCAAAACUCAGAAUGUCCAUUUUUAAAUAAUUAUUCAAUCCUAAGACCCUGCUGGAAAGUGUAUCGCUGUCAACUCAAUACCAAAGAAGAGACCUGUUGCUGUUCAUGCAAUUCUGAUGCUAUGUUCGAAGUAAUGAAAAGUCUAUACGACUGCUAUAAAAAAAAAAAUUGUGACAAUUGUAAUUGUAUUCUAUGCGCACAUUUACCUAGAGAAGAAAGACGUCUAGGGGAAUUACGAAAAUUAGGAAAAACAGAACAAUUAUCCCUCGUCCCGCUUUCAGAAUUUAUGACACCAGCAUAUAUAAAACAAAUACCACCGAAUAAAGUAGAGAAAUUAAAGGCAGCGGGUCUUUUGACGCCAUUGGAAGGUAAAAGUUCAGAUAAAAAGGAGGAAAUACUAAGGGGAUUAGCAAUGAAUGGUAUUCCUUUGCCAAAGGGUAAAACAACAUCUGAGAAAAAGCUUUUAGAUAAAAUUAGAAAAGAUGUUGGUCUUCCACCAGAACCAAAAAGUCCAUCUGCUAAAAAGAAAUAUGAAAAAGCUAUGGCUUCAGGUCUUAUAACGCCUCUUUUCGGGAAGUCUUUACCUGAGAAAGAAAGAAUUUUGAAAGGCCAGGCUGAUUUAGGCUUGGCUCUACCCGAAGGACGUACUUCAUCAGAAAAAAAUUUAAUAGCUAAAAUAAAAGGUUUAAAAGCCCCAUCAUCUAAAUUAUUACGAGACAAGACGCCUGAAGAAAAAGAAGCUAUUAUUAAAGAUCUCGCAUUGAAAGGCAUGCCAAUACCAGAAGGAAAAACUGCAUCUGAAAAAAAAUUAAUUGAAAAGGUACGCACUGAAGUUGGGCUUCCACCUAUACCCAAAACUCCAUGGGACAAAAAGAAAUAUGAAAAAGCUAUGGCUUCAGGUCUUAUAACACCUCUCGUAGGAAAGACUGCAUCUGAAAAAGAAAUAAUUUUGAAAGGCCAGGCUGAUUUAGGCUUGGCCCUACCCGAAGGACGUACAUCAUCAGAAAAAAAAUUGAUAGCUAAAAUAAAAUCUUUGAAAGUUCCUUCAUCAAAAUUAUUGCGAGACAAAACAUCCGACGAAAAAGAAUAUCUACUUAAAGAUCUCGCAAUGAAAGGCCUGCCACUACCAGAAGGAAAAACAGCGUCGGAAAAACAAUUAAUUGAUAAGGUUCGUGCUCAAGUUGGCCUCCCACCUACACCUAAAACUCCAUCGGCUAAAGAAAAGUAUGAUAAAGCAUUUGCAGCUGGGCAUAUAGUACCACUAGAAGGCAAAAGUCGUUCACAGAAAGAAAAGAUUUUAAGAGAGCAAGCUAAAUUAGGUGUGCCUUUACCUGAGGGUCGAACUCCAUCUGAAAAAUCUUUAAUUGCUAAAGUACAAGCAGAAUCUCUACCAGAUAGAAUCAAAAGGGCAAAAGCAGGUAUGAUGACACCUUUGCGUGGAAAAACGCCAGAACAAAAAGAAAGUAUAUUGAAAGAAUUGGUUUUGCAUAAAAUUCCUCUUCCUGAAGGUAAAACAGCCUCCGAAAAACAAAUUAUUAAUAAAGUUCGUAAAGAUCUCGGGUUGCCACCAGAACCAAAGUCAAAAGAUGAAAAAGCUAAGUACAAUGAAGCCAUCAUUGCUGGUAUAAUUACUCCUCUAGAAGGUAAAAGUCAAUCUCAAAAAGAAAAGAUAUUACAAGCACAAGCUCACAUGGGAAUUCAACUACCAGAAGGCCGAACUGCCUCUGAAAAAUCUCUUAUAAAACGAAUUAAAAAAAAGACAUUACCUCCAGAAAAAAGAAAACUGCUCGAUGAAAAAACUUUGAAAGUUGUAAAAGAAGGUAAAGGACCAAGUGACGAAUGUAUAUGUGACGUAAUAGCGCCAGAAAUAGGAUAUGUAACACCGUUACAAAAAGAAAAAAAAAUAAGAGAACUUGCAAUGCAGGGUUUACCACUACCAGAAGCUAAAACUGCCUCAGACAAAAAACUACUUGAGAAAGUACAAGCUGAUUUAGGAUUACCUCCUGUGCCAACAACACCAUCAUUAAAAGAAAAAUAUAGAAGAGCCCAAGAUGCUGGUGUUAUAGUGCCACUAGAAGGUAAAACAAAAUCACAAAAGGCGCAAAUUUUAAUGAAACAAGCAGAAAUGGGUAUACCCCUGCCCGAAGGGCGCACAGCUUCCGAAAAAGCUUUAGUUAGUAAAGUUCGUGCAACUGUGAAGCCGAUAUCUGGCAAAACUCCGGAUGAACAGAAGAAAAUUUUAAGAAGUAUAGUUAAGGCAGGAUUGCCUUUGCCAGAAGGCACUACGCAAUCCGAAAAACAAAUUAUUAAGCAAGUAAAAGAUGACAUGGGUCUUCCUACGACAGGUAUCCCUUCAGAAUUAUUUCUUAAGGCUAAGGCAGCAGGUCUUAUAACUCCCUUAGAAGGUAAAACAAAAGAACAAAAAGAGAAAAUUUUAAGGGAUAGAGUUACUACAGGUUUGCCUCUACCUGAAGGUGUGACACCAUCAGAUAAGGAG